UAACUCUGAAAGUAAACGGGUUAGAUUAGUUAAUGUGUAUGUGCUUAAGCGCGUGUUAUUUAAAGUGACCGUUUUACAUGUGAAGUGGUGCAAAAUACGCAAUUUUUUUGGAUUUACUUCAUCUACUUGUAGAGGUGCCCGCCAGCUUGCGAUACUGUUCGGCCUUGUCGAGAUCGUGAUAAUGGUGAACUUAGUUUAGGUGCAGCAUACCUAUACUGUACGCGGAGCGAGCGUGAUUCGAUUCGGAUAGGAGAAUAUAUGGGCUUGGUUUUUUCAGUCGACGUUGCUUUCCUACACAUAAUUUUAACAGUAGAAGUAUGACCAAGUAUUGGCAUUCUCAUGGCUGCGGUGGUUAGUCAUGCCAUGCGACGUUAUUCACCUUCGCCACCUGGCAGCAGCUUCUCCUCACACUGCCUAGGGGGUGAGAGUUCGUAUCCAGAGCCUUGGCCGCAAGGAGAGAUAAGCGAGAGCUCGCUUUCGAGAUCCAUGCGUUACGCCGAACCAUGGCUUUACGGAAGUAUGCGAGCGCCCGGUGGGUUCCUCUUGGCCCCGGCCCUCGUACUCUGUUCGUGCUCGGAGUACCUUUCCGGUACCAAACGGUCGAGCAAGAAAGGUCCAAGUAUUUGUAAAAAAUGUAAAGGCACCCGCUUACCGUUACCGGCAAGCGAAACGCUAAGAGGAACCCCAAAAUUUGGCACGGUACGAUGUUACCCCACCGGUACAAACAUAGCCCCACCCUCAAGUACAAAUCGCGCUGGUACGGCAAGGGUGAGCACCCACACCCGUCCCUCCAUUCUCCCAUCGGCCGACCCGUACGAGUUAAUGCGCCGCUCCAGGUUGUCGGCCGAUAACGGAACAAAAUUUACGAUCCGUUCGUCGUCCCCCAGUCCGGCCCCAUCUAGUAAAACAACACAAGUUCCUAAAGUACCGACGACGAAUGGCGGACGCAAGUCAAUUUUAGAAUGUAACAUAAAUCCUUACGAUCUCAUGUCUGCAGAUCGAGAUAGUGCGAAAGAUUCAAGUAUAACCUUAGUGGGCGGACAAAGGGUACGAAUUCGCCCACCCGACGUCGAACAAGAAUAUGAAGAAAUAAAAGUACAACAGCAACCCGUUCGACAACCUAGUCAGAUUCCAAAAUUAAAAACCCCGCCGUCGUCGUCUAAUACAUCAAAAGGACAAACAAAAUUGAAAGAAAAGGAAUCUGAUUGCAACCGGUUUAAAUCUAUAUUAAAGAAACCCACAACUUUCAGUGACACGGAUUCAAGCGGAGGCCCCGAGCGCAGCCCCUCACCUGCAUCGAAAAGUGGGUCACACUUUUACCUACCGAUGCCCAUGAACACACCCAGGAAAAAAGUACAAUUUUUAGUUGAAAACGAAUUUGCCUCUCAAAAUGAUGAUAGCGCAAAGGAUGGGGUCUGCGACGAAGUUAACAUAUACGAAGAGGUGCCUCACCACGAGGAAGGUUAGUAUAAAAUGCAUUUUGAUGUAAAUGUCAGUUGAAGGCAGGCUGCUAUGGUAUUUAAAGCGGCGAAACCUUGACCUUUCCCUCGUGUUAAAUGUCUUUCUUUGUGUACCGGUCGUCAAUUCAUUAUCCCAAGACAUCGUCAAAACUUGGGAGAUCCAUUAGUCGAUUUUCUCGAGGUUGUAUUACUUUUCAACUUCAAUCUGUGUGUCUAUU